UCCGUCUGUGGCUUAUACACAUAUGGAAAGCCUGUCCCUGGUCUGGUGACAAUUAAUGUAUGCAGAAAAUAUUCCCAAUACCAUUCUACUUGCCAUGGCAAACAUUCACAAAAUAUCUGUGAAGAAUUCAGCCAACAGGCAGACAAUAAAGGAUGUUUCACACAACUGGUAAAAACUAAAGUGUUUCAACUGAGACAAAGGGGCUAUGACAUGAGAAUACAAGUAGAAGCCACCAUCAGAGAGGAAGCAACAGGAUUAGAAUUAACUGGUUAUGGCUCAAGUGCAAUCACAAAUACCUUGAGCAAACUGAAGUUUACUAAAGUGAAUUCACAUUACCGACCUGGACUUCCUUUUCAGGGACAGAUUCUUCUAGUUGAUGACAAGAAUCAGCCAAUCCCCAAUCAAAACAUAACUGCCAGUGUGCACGGCUUAGUUUCCAGUUUAACUACAGAUGAGCAUGGUUUGGCCAGCAUUUCCUUCAACACCAAGAACUUCACAACGGCUUCCAUUGUCGUCACCGUUACUUACAAACAGAAUACUAACUGCUUUGAUGACUGGUGGCUCAAUGAAGUUCAUGAAAGAACACAGCACUCUGCAAGCCUCUUGUAUUCCCCAAGCAGGAGUUAUGUUCAGCUUGAUCUUGUUGCUGGUACUUUGACCUGUGGGCAAACCCAAGAGAUUCAGGCACAAUACAUCUUGAAUGAACAGACCCUGAAGGAUGAAAAAGAGUUAACCUUCUAUUAUUUGAUAAAAGCAAGAGGAAGCAUCUCCAAAUCAGGAAUCCAUGUAUUGUCCAUUGAAAAAGGAAAUGUGAUGGGGGCAUUUUCCUUCUCCUUUCAAGUGGAACCAGACAUUGCUCCUACUGCUCAGAUUCUUCUUUACACUAUUUUACCUGAUGGAGAAAUUAUUGCAGACACUCAGAAACUCGAAAUUGAAAACUGUUUUGCAAACAAGGUAAAUUUGAGUUUCUCAUCAGUCCAGGGCUUGCCAGCCUCAGACAAUCACCUGAAGGUCAAAGCCACGCCCUUUUCCCUCUGCGCCCUCAGGGCUGUAGACCAGAGUGUGCUGCUAAUGAAACCUGAAGCUGAGCUUUCACCUCAGUCGAUUUGUUCACCACCAUCCUCUUUCCCCCUCAUUAGUUUGUCAGGGCAGAGCGAGUUGGCCCUGAAGACCCCUGACACCAUCACAGAGUGGAAGGCCAGUGCACUCUGCCUGUCUGGAACCACAGGGCUUGGUCUUUCCCCGACGGUCUCUCUUCAAGUCUUCCAGCCCUUCUUCCUGGAACUCACUCUCCCCUACUCUGUGGUGCGAGGAGAAAUCUUCACCCUCAAAGCCACUGUGUCCAACUAUUUGUCCCACUGCAUCCAGGUCAAAGUGCAGCUGGAGGUCUCUUCUGCUUUCCUGGCCGUUUCAGAAGGGAAUAAUGAAGAAUCUCACUGUGUCUGUGGAGAUAGGCAGAAGACUGUGUCUUGGGCUGUGAUCCCAAAGUCACUGGGAAAGGUGAAUUUCACAGCUACUGCAGAAGCCCUACAGUCUCAGGAAACAUGUGGCAAUGAGGUGACUGAAUUCCCAACAUUCGGACUUAAGGACACUGUGAUAAAGUCCUUAAUAGUUGAGCCUGAAGGAAUAGAAAAAGAAGAAACUUACAACACACUGUUAUGUGCAUCAGGCAAGCAAUACAUGGUUCUGGUACCAUCACAGCUCUAUGCUGGAGUUCCUGAAAAGGCCUGUAUCAUCCUUAAUCACCUGAAUGAGACGAUGACACUGAAUGUGAAUCUGGAGUAUGGAACACAGAGCAGGAACCUCCUUACAGAGCUGGUGACAGAUAGGAACUCCUUCCACUGCAGCCCCUUCACUAUUCCAGAGUUGUCAUCUUUCCCAGCGUUCAUUACCGUGCUGAUAAAUGGGACAACCCAGCAUUUCAUAAGCAGGAAGACAAUCUACGUAAGGGAAGCAGAGAGCCUGGUCUUUGUCCAGACAGACAAACCCAUAUACAAGCCAGGACAAACAGUGAGAUUCCGCAUUGUCUCUGUGGAUAUCAAUUUUCACCCACUGAAUGAAACGUUACUUCAUAGUUAUGCUGGUGAAAGACCCAACUCCAACAUGGUUAUUGUGGAUGUGAAGAUGAUAUCAGGUUUCAUACCUGUGAAACCAUCAGUGAAAAAGCUUCAAGAACAGCCUGAGAUUCAAAGGACUGAAGUGAGCACCAAUCAUGUCCUAAUCUACCUUAGGAAGCUAACCAAUAAAGCUCUGAGUUUCUCCUUCUUGGUGGAACAAGACAUACAAGUAAAGAAUUUAAAACCAGCUAUAGUAAAAGCCUAUGAUUAUUAUGAGACAGAUGAAUACACUAUUGAAGAAUACAGUGCCCCUUGCAGUGCUGAAUCUGAACAAGGAAAUGCUUGAAAAUGGAAACUUAUGGAUUUAAUCAGAAAAUCCUUAGAAAUGAAGAACAAAGACUUUAAAAAGGGAAAGGAAUUGGAAACACAUAAAAUUUAUAUGUCACAUAAAUUUAUGACAACUCUA